UGUAAGAAAAGAGUAAUAAUGAACAUCUUUGGUGUUUCAUGUUUGCAAGAUUAGGAAAUGUAAAAUAGAGAGCCAAAGUCUAUGAAGUUUCCUAUUCAACAAUUUUAUUAUCACACAUUUAGGCUGAUAUUCCCCUCUUAUUUUAAUGUAUGCUUCUCCAAUGGAAUAAAUGGUCAUUAUCGAAAUUCUUCAAAAAAGUAUAUAGUUGGUUGGGAAUCAAUCAUAUCUCAUUUUAGCUUUGAGCAAAUAUGCAUUGAUUUGUUUUCUUGUACAACUUUCCAUCUACUUAAAUUCUCCUCUCUCUCUCUCUCAACCCCAAUCAUAUAAGUUAUGUAACGAAUUUUUUGCUUUUUGACUUCUAAACUCAUCUUUUCUAAGUAGCCAGAAUCUAGGCUACACUCUUCCAUCAUGGAAAAGAAGAAAAAAGUCUUUAAAUAUGGCGAUGCAUUGCUUCAAAACUCAAGCCCUUUUACCAAGAAAAAACAGAGAUAUGGCUGUAGCUUCUGCCUUUCCCGAUGUAUUUUCCUGGAUUCAGAACCUUCCACCAGUUAAUCAAUGGCGAACAACUUGUAUUUCCUUAUGUUUAAGUUCUUCAUCAGCUUCAAAUCAACCAUCACUCAAUCUCACCAUAUCAAAAACCAACCAAAACCCAACUCUUUGUUUCGCCAUUGUUGCAAGUUUCAACCUUCCUAUCUAUCUUUGGACCUCAAAACCAGUUAACUUCAGCUCAAAUAAUUCACUUAAGUUGCUAAGUGAAGAGGCCAUAUUGUCUCUAUUGGUUAAUCUCAUUGAAGAAGUCCUUCGCUAUGGCUCAAACAACAGCAACAACUCCAUCAAGUUCCAAAGAGUAGAUUCCAUUCCCGAAGUUAGAGAAAUCUUUAACCUUGCUUUUCAAACUCUCUUUUUCCUCAUUUGCAUCUAUGAAACUCCAGUUGAUCUCCGAUCAGAUUGUCUAAACACUCUUAGGAACACCUUGGCCAAAUGCCAAUCAAGAAGAGCAACCAAAUUGCUCAUGAAACUUCUGGGGUCGAACUUAGAAGAGAAGUGGAUGCGCUCCAUAAACCUUGCCAUAACCAAUUGGAUAUCGGAGGUGCAAUCCACUCGCCGCGGCAGCUCCCUGAAAACACCCUCGCCACUCUUCUCUUAUGCUAUUUCAACAUUGGGGUUAUGGAAAGUUCAACUGUACUGUCCUCUCAUAGCCAUGAAUCUCGAGAGCUCGAGUAAUAAUAGUGCUCCUUCGGCUGAUGAAAAGCUUCAAUUCUCUCUCGAUUACCACCAAUUGGAAGGUGUGAUUCAGUUCAACUACAGAGUCAUACCUCAAGAAACCUGGGUCGGGAUCAUGGUUAAUAUUGACAACAUAAGAUGUGAUGUGAUCAAGCUUGUGAGCGAUACACUAAUGGCAGAACGAGGAGUUGGGUCAACAGAAAAGCACUUCCCAUCUCGAAUAUCUUUACAGCUAACCCCAAUUCAGCAAAACAACGUACUAAGCGUAUCGGUGAGCAAAUCCUCUGAAAACCCAGCAAGAGAAAUCGGGGUAGAGAGAAGCAUAGAAGCCGGAUUCGAGCCCCCAAAUCCUUACUUGGGUCUCAGGGUAUCAGCCGGAGAGACAAUGACGAUGACCCUGAAGCCAUGGAAGUUCGAGCAAUCAGUGUACGGUAACAGUGGAAACUUGAACUGGUACCUCCAUGAUAGUGUGGACGGAAGAGAGGUAUUUUCUUCGAAACCCUCCAAGUUUGCUUUGCUAAACCCGAAAUCGUGGUUCAAACACAGAUACUCAAGCGCCUACAGGCCAUUUACGAGGCAAGGAGGAGUGGUUUUCGCGGGCGAUGAGUAUAGGGAGAGUGUGUUAUGGAAGGUGGACAAGGCCGCCAUGGGAAAAACUAUGGAGUGGGAAAUAAGAGGGUGGAUUUGGUUAACUUAUUGGCCUAAUAAGUACAGAACGUUUUAUAAUGAGACUAGGAGAUUGGAGUUUAGGGAAAUUGUUGGUCUACCAAUUUCUUAGAAAUUACUGUUACUUUACUCAUGUUUUGUUUGGAUUGAUCUUUUUGUAAAAGUUUUUUUUUUUUAGUAUUAUUCUAAUAAAUAGUUAGAGCAAUAGUUGCUUUGUUUGACA